AUGUGUGCCCCCGUCUUCCCCGAUCUCUUCGAACACGAAGAGGACAUCGACCAGGACGAAGCCAUCCGCACCGGCGAAGUCAUCAACCAAGCGACCCCGCCGCUACGGACGUGGAGGAAGGGCACUGCUCUACCUAUUUUCUACCGGCAUGGCCAUGAAAGUGAUGAGGAUUACAGUGAUACGGAUGAGGAUGCAGAAACCGGCGAUGACCAUGUGGAAGCAGAAACCGGCGAUGACCAUGUGGAUGCCGGAACCGGAGAUGACCAGGGUGAAGGGCAGAGCCAACAUGAUGGUUAUCGAGAUGGCUCGGCAGGAGGAGUGUAUCCCACCAGAAAUCCAGUGCAGGUUGUGGGGCUGACUUUUAACGUGGGUGGUCGGGUGGUGUUUUUGCUUCAUCUGAGACAUGUUGAGCACGGCCGCGAUGAGGUUGAGGAUGAACCAAGGGAGGAAUGUGGAGGUGAUGAUGGACAAGAUGGAGAAUAUGAGGGUGAUAAUGAACAAGAAGGAGGAUAUGAGGAUGACGAAUAUGACGAAGACGAAGAGGAAUACGGUGGCGGCGGCGACGACGACGAUGACGACGAUGACGACGAUGACGGUGACGACGGCGACGGUGACUACCCCAGCGAUAGCGACCCUGACCACCACCAACACCUAUAUGGGGAAGACGAAUAUAUGUGCAUCCUCCCCGACUGCCCCGAGAGACUUCUCAUCAUUCAGGAGCGAUUAGAAACCCGGCGUGACUUCUUCCGGGACGCGAUGGUGAUAAUGUAUGGGAAGUAUGCGCACUUGUUGGAUGUGUCUGAGAUGGGGGACGAUGCGCAGGCAUAUGUUCCUUCUGAAAAGCCGUGGGAGAGUGAAGAGGCGAGGCUGGAGUGGGAAGGGUUCUUGAACCGGGUGCCCCAGUUGGUUUGCUGUGAUGCAGACAACAAUCUACCUUGCAGCAUUGACGAUAUCAAUGACUUCUACGCCCUGCGGGCAUGGAUGUUGGAGCUGCUGCCCUGGGUGGUUGAGUCACCCCCUUUGGCUAUAAGCGAAGCAAUCCAGACGGUAAUCCUCAUGACAGAGCCCAGCAUGGCAGCCUCUCAGGCAUCCAAGCUGAGAAAGAUCAGGAAGGAGAUGCGUGCUCUCCUCGACCGCCUCGAUGCUCUCGAGGGCAUGAACCCCACCAAUAACGCCAAGGAUGCUGCUAUCCACGGCACCGACAGCGAGACCCAGAAUGACUACACCCAGCCGGUGAAAGAGAAAGACAUCACGGCAGGCCCCAGAGCCACCUUGAACGAUGUCUUGGAGUGGUUCAAUCUGAGGAGCGCGACCUACAACCACGAGCGGGCUACGGUCUUCACGUCGAAGAAAUUCCCAAAAGAGUUGUCUUGCUGCACUACCGGUACUCGCAUCCUUCAAGGACUGGAUAAAGAAGCGCCGUCGAAGAGAAAGGAACCACCCCAGCUCGGCGCGGCGGCCCCAGAUCCUGCUGCUGCUGCUGCUUCUCCUUCUUCGUCAUCGUCGUCCUGUCCCACAGAGCCCGCGAUUCGCCUCCAUGACACGCCGAUGACUGCCACAAUCGAACAAUCCGGACCCGCAGACACCCAGAGGCUGCGUAUGUGCGCCACGCCCAUGCUUCAGAUAACCCACCUCGCCGAGACGGAGGAGCCCGGUCCCUUUUUCGUGGUGACCGCCAGACCGGACUGGGGAGAGGUCGCGAAGGCCGACUUCACCAUGGUCCUGGCGAUUGCGGACCACAACAACAAGCUCCAGGGAAAGAACCGUAUCCUAUACGGCAUGCUGGUCACCGCAGACAUUGUUACUUUUGCAGAAGUGUCCGAGGACGUCAUAUCCUACGGCCCUGAGGUCGAAUUUGCCAAGGAAGAGGACGUAGUCAGGGUCUGCAAGCACGUGGCCGAACUUCUUACCAGAGGUGCACUGCUUGGUACCUUGCUUAGCUCCUAG